GCGCACGCUCUGCGCAUGCCCGGAGCCGCGCUGUUUAAGGAACUGCCCCAGAAGGCAAGAUGGCGACCGGGCCUGCGGCGAGACGCUCCUCCCAGCAUGCCUAGCGGCCGGCCGGGAGCCGAGUGAUGGGGAUCCGGUAGGACCCGGCGAGCGGCCGAGGCUGAGGCGCAGCCGCGGGCCCGGCCGUUGGGCGCUCACAGAGAGCCAAGAUGGAGACGUGGCGCUGUGUGAGGAGGGGCUACGGCCGCUGUGUGGCGGGGCGAGGCCGGUACUCCAUGUUUCCCUAUCCUCUAAAGAGUUUGGGUCGAGACUGGACCACACCGUGGGAGGAUCUACAGAAAUAUUGCUGGCACAGACACAUUUCCAGUUGUCUGAGGUGGCCAGGACAUUAUUCACGUGCACCUUACCCAUACUUCAGUAGCAGGCAUUUCUCAUUGAACUGUAGACCACCUUUUCUGUUUGAGUCUGGAACGCAGUUUCAGUACUAUAAUUGGAGACCUGACCAACUGAGCAACACAUCCUUGAUUCAUCUCUCUCGUUACGUCAUGAACUCUGACAGAGAUGAGCCCUCAUCUAAACGAAGAAAACAUCAAGGAACAAUAAAAAGGAACUGGGAGUAUUUAUGUAGCCAUAAUAAAGAGAAUACGAAGGACCUAGAAGACAGAAAUGUUGACUCCACGUGUGAGGACCGUGAAGAUAAGUUUGACUUCUCAGUGAUGUCUUAUAACAUCCUCUCGCAGGAUUUAUUGGAGGAUAACUCACACCUCUACAGACAUUGCCGACGCCCAGUGUUACACUGGAGUUUUCGGUUUCCCAAUAUUUUGAAAGAAAUCAAACAUUUUGAUGCAGAUGUGCUUUGUCUACAGGAAGUUCAAGAAGAUCAUUAUGGGACAGAAAUCAGACCAAGUCUGGAAUCACUGGGUUAUCACUGUGAAUAUAAGAUGAAAACAGGAAGGAAGCCCGACGGCUGUGCCAUCUGCUUCAAACAUUCCAAGUUCUCGCUCUUAUCUGUGAACCCAGUGGAGUUCUGCCGCCGUGAUAUUCCUCUGUUGGACAGAGACAACAUUGGAUUAGUUUUACUCCUGCAGCCCAAGAUCCCACGUGCUGCCUCUUCAUCCAUCUGCAUAGCUAACACACAUCUGCUGUAUAAUCCACGGCGUGGUGACAUCAAGCUAACCCAGCUGGCAAUGCUGCUGGCCGAGAUUGCCAAUGUGACCCAUCGCAAAGAUGGCAGCUCCUGUCCUAUUGUCAUGUGUGGUGACUUUAAUUCUGUUCCUGGUUCUCCACUCUAUAGUUUCAUAAAGGAAGGAAAAUUAAAUUAUGAAGGUCUUGCAAUUGGAAAGGUAUCUGGCCAGGAACAGUCUUCACGGGGACAAAGAAUUUUAUCUAUUCCAAUUUGGCCCCCAAACCUAGGCAUCUCUCAGAACUGUGUUUAUGAGGCACAGCAGGUUCCCAAAGUAGAAAAGACAGACAGUGAUGUGACUCAGGCACAGCAGGAGGACGUGGAGGUCCCAGUGUCAGCUGACAAAGUGUCCUCGAAUCUACAGCACGGUUUCAGCUUGUCAUCUGUCUAUUCCCAUUAUGUUCCUGACACUGGCGUUCCAGAGGUGACCACCUGCCAUUCCCGAAGUGCCAUAACUGUCGAUUAUAUUUUCUACACUGCAAAGAAGGAGGACACUGCUCAGGGUCCAGGAGCUGAAGUUGCUUUGGUUGGUGGCUUGAAACUUCUAGCUAGACUGUCACUUCUAACAGAACAAGACUUGUGGACUGUGAAUGGCCUUCCCAAUGAGCACAACUCCUCAGAUCACCUGCCUUUGCUGGCCAAGUUCAGGCUGGAGCUCUGACUACUGCUCAUUCACAGGACUUCCUGUCUGUAUUCUUUUCAAAGGAUGUAAAAAUUUUAAGUAUUUGCAUGCUGUUCAUUUUUGUGAUGUAGGGUUCUGAAUUUCUGUUAUAUGCUUGAAAUGGAUUUGAAGAAACAAAUUUACAACUUUUUUUUUAAUGAAAUAUUUUCCUGAUAACUGAUGUCUAAAGAACUUUAUGGUAAAUGACUUCUAAGUCCUGGUAAAGUUAACAGCUUUUUAAAAAUGUAGCUCAUCUUGGCCCUGAAGACAGGAAGUCAGUGCUUUUUAGUACAUCCGGUGGUCCUGCCCGACCUGCGAAGCUCAGCGUGCUGCCUUUCUGGAGACCUGAUCUCAUUGGGAGAAGCCUGUGCUUGUUCUUAGAAAUCACCAGGUCAUUCCUCCACAGGGUCCAAGCUUCUGAAGAGGCUUGACAGUGCGUGUGCUGUAGAGAACACUGGCCCAUGUCACUGCCACCCUGAGCUGUGGGAUGUGCCUACAUUUUGUAUUGGAAAUAGCUGAGAAGUAUAGAUCACUCUCAUGAGCAGAGCCCCUAGGGAGAUAUGGGGGUGCACACCUAUAACCUUGUUAGCAUUUGGAAGGUGGCGGCAAGUGGCUGUUUAAAGCCAGCUUGAGCAACAUAACAAGUUUGAGGGCAGCCUGGGCUACAUGAAACCCUAUCUUAAGACAAAAAAAAAAAAGACCAAGUCCUUUAUGUCCACUCCUGUCCUGGAUAAAGGUUGCCAUAAGGAAAGCAGAUGGGCCAGGUACAUCCACAAACAUCCUUAACUCCAGCAUCUGGGAGACAGAGGCAGGAGGAUCACAGUGUCCCAGGCUGACCAGGACUCCACACUAGGCCCUGUGUCUCAAAGACAACAAAAGGCAGCAGACUCCAGGUUGUACCUCGGUCUCCUGUACUUGCCUUUCUGUUUAACAGUGGUGGGAGGCCCUUGGGUCAGGAGCGACAUUUUGUUGAUCCAAUUUUGUAUAAAUUUAUCAGAGAAGUGAUCUUUGGAAGAAAGCUGGAGCUCCGCAGCUGUUUAUCAUUUGCCUCCAACAUGCAGAAGUCAUUGUGGGAGCUGUCGCUUAGACCUGGGAGGGAGCCUCACUGACUCUUGGCUGUGCAGUUGAGCUUGGUACCAUGGUGCAGCAGGGUGCCAUGGUGCUUACACUGUUCUGUGCAGCCUCACAGCAGCCUGACCAGCCAGUAGCUUGCCCUGUACACGUGUCGAAUAGUAGAAUUCUAAAUGUAAGUAGAAAUUUCUCUGCUUUUUAAAAGUCAAUUCAGAUUACAGGCAUUUUUACUAAGUCAUUACUGUGCCGUAAUAAAUGUUCUCUACAGUGAGUUUUAUUAAUAGAAUGUUUUAUAUUAGACAAUAAAUCUUUGCAAUUUAAAUUUUUAA